AUGGAGGAGACAAAAGUUAUUUAUUAUAUAGACGAUGAGGAGACGCCGUAUUUGGUGAAGAUACCGAUAUCACCAGAAAAAGUGACUUUGUUGGACUUUAAAAAUCAAUUGAACAGGCCGAAUUACAAGUUUUUUUUCAAAUCCAUGGACGAUGAUUUUGGUGUUGUUAAAGAAGAAAUUGUUGAUGAUAACGCUCAUCUGCCGUGUUUUAAUGGUCGUGUCGUGUCUUGGUUAGUUUCUGCGGAGGGUUCAAAUCCAUCGGAUGGCGCUUCACAGUGUACUGAUAGUAACGCUGGGAAAGCUAAGCAAAACAUUCAUGGUGCUCCAACAGCACCUCUGACGAGAGACACCUGUACUGAUACAGACAGCACGAUAAGCUCCCGACCGGGGCAUAGGGCUUCCUGUGACAAAUAUAAAUACAGAGGCUUAAGAAUCAAUGGUCAUUCAAAAUAUGGAAACCAUGGUCUUGAAUACGAGACAGCAUCAGUCCUCAGUUCAGACUUGGACUCCACCAGCUUGUUUGACAGCCAAUCUGAAAUUACAACUACCACUGGCCGACACACAAACGCUUCAGUCGACAGAGCCCUAACUGAGUGCAGUAGUGUCUCACAUUUACAAGUGAGUUCAAGGAAGAGACCUCAAAGACGGCGAAAACGACCCCAGGUUAUGUCAAGAACGUCUUCCUAUUCCUCCAUUACAGAUUCAACUAUGUCGAUGCAUAUUAUAACAGUGACAUUAAAUAUGGAUACAGUGAAUUUCCUGGGUAUUUCUAUUGUGGGACAGUCAAAUAAAGGUGGUGAUGGUGGAAUAUAUGUGGGGAGUAUCAUGAAGGGUGGGGCAGUUGCUUUGGACGGCAGGAUUGAACCUGGUGACAUGAUAUUACAGGUCAACGACGUCAAUUUUGAAGAUAUGACAAACGAUGAAGCAGUCAGAGUUCUUCGGGAGGUUGUCCAAAAACCUGGUCCCAUUAAGUUGGUGGUGGCCAAAUGCUGGGAUCCAAACCCCAAAGGCUACUUCACCAUACCCAGGACGGAACCGGUCAGGCCUAUAGACCCUGGUGCAUGGGUAGCUCACACCCAGGCCCUCCGGGAGGCCUACCCGCCCCCACCCCUGUCAACCCUCCCAGCUGCUUCCAUACCGGAGAGAGGAUCAGAUGCAGGCUCACUCCCAGCGGAGCCCCAACUGUCUGUGGGUAUGGACAUGGCGUUGGUGGUCAGGGCCAUGUUGAGGCCGGAUUCUGGACUAGAGAUCCGGGAUAGGAUGUGGCUGAAGAUUACUAUCCCGAACGCGUUCAUCGGCGCCGACGUGGUCGACUGGAUCCUGCAGCACGUCGCCGGGAUAGUGGACCGUAGGGACGCGAGGAAGUACGCCUCGCACAUGCUCAAGGCUGGUUUCAUAAGGCACACGGUGAACAAGAUCACGUUCUCCGAGCAGUGCUACUACGUGGCGGGCGAGCUGUGCGCCGAGCUGGCCGCGCUGCGCCUGCGCGCGCCCGACCAGGACAGCCUCGCCUCCGACACGCUCGCGCCGCUGCCCAACCCCAACAUGAUGGGCCCCGGAUAUAUGCCGUACGCGGGCUCGUACGGUUACCAGCCGAUACCCUUCAAGUACUCCUCCUGUGUCACCAGCGAGCACACCAUAUACGGAUACAACAGAGAGGAGAGCGUGCUGUCGGGCAGCGGGGGCUCCAGCGCGGGCUCCGACCACCUCACCGCCAAGGAGCCUGCCGCGGCGGGGGCGGCGCGCGAGAACGAGGUGAAGUCCACGUCGAGCGGGUCCGGCGGCGCGGAGGGCGCGCGCCGCUCGCACUCGCACUCCAGCGGCUCCGACCGCGCCAACGACAGGCCCGUGCUCUUCCUA